ACGUCACCUACAUACCAACGAAGAAGAAGAUGCAGGAUGAUGGCUCCUGCUCCUGACAGCAGUGACGGCGUUACUUCAUGUGCUUGUAAAGGCAUCCGGCGGUGUCUCAAGUGUGAAAACGUAAAGGAAAAAGGAGAAUUGGAGGCAAAUGAACCAAAGAUUGUGCAUCAUUUCACCUACGAUCCGGAGACAAGGCUAGCCUUCUGCAAAGAUGCAGAGGCUGCAUCCUUCCCCUUUCCUGGUGUCUUCCUGCGGGAGAACUUCAUAUCAGAAGAGGAGGAGAAAAAGCUGAUAAGCACGAUGGACCAGGAUGUGUGGAAUGAUUCCCAGUCUGGUCGAAGGAAACAGGACUUUGGUCCAAAAGUUAACUUCAAGAAAAAGAAAGUGCGUAUAAGUGGCUUCAGCGGUCUGCCUGCUUUGAGCCAAAAACUUGUGCUAAGAAUGCAGCAAGAGCCGAGUCUAGCAGGCUUUCAGCCGGUGGAGCAGUGCAACCUGGACUACCAUCCGCAACGAGGCUCCGCCAUCGAUCCACAUCUAGACGACUCCUGGCUGUGGGGGGAACGCCUGGUCACCAUCAACAUGUUAUCAAACACUACGCUCACUAUGUCCCUCCAACAGGGUCUGCCAGAGUUGGGGCUAGCGGAGGAAGUUCACGUGGCUGUGUAUCUUCCUCGCAGAUCUUUAGUAGUGUUAUACGGCGAGGCUCGGCACAGAUGGAAACAUGCCAUUCAAAGGGACGAUGUUCAGGAGCGCAGAGUCUGCAGCACCUACAGAGAGCUGUCUGCAGAGUUCCUACCUGGAGGGUGUCAGGCGGAGCUGGGAGCUCAGCUGCUGAACGUUUCUCUGAGCUUCCAAGGAACUCCAAUAUAGACUCACCUGAUGCUGUGGAGGAAGGCUGCACUACCAGAGGGGGGGGUCCAGACUCCUUAGGUGAUAAAUUCAGAUUCAAACGGAAAUGACUAUCGAAUUGAUGAGGUUAUGUUUUCGGUUUGUUUGUCUGUCUGUCAGCAGGAUUACAGAAAAACUACCGGCCCGAUUUGUAUGAAACUUGUUGGAAGGGUGUGUUAGGGGCCGAGGAAGAAGCCAUUACAUUUCAGACUGUAUCCGAAUCACAGUGCUGACACACUAAUUAUUUUUCACUUAUGGAAACAGCCUUGGCGGAGGUCUCCGCUCCCCAAGUGCCCUUCUCGGCCGACCUGCUGUCCUUCUCAAAUGUGGUUGUUGUUGUUGUUGACACCACAUACAGAAAGAAUAUUUUAAAAAGCAUGUGCUGCACAGAAUAUACUGGUUACAAGCCUCAAACGCAUCUAUAAUAAUUAAAUAAAAACUCUCAAACCACAAAUGUGAAUCAAAAUAUGUGUCACAUGAAACAAUCCUAAUAUCGAUUGUCCUUGAAUAUCUUAACAGGUUUUAUUUGAUUAUGAAUGAUUGCUAGCCGUGUGUCUGAGGCCCUUUUUAUGCAGUUCUGUAUUUUUUUUGAGGAAUUGGACAAAUAGGGCUCAAGACCAGCUGUCUUCAGAAGCUCAAUCUGUCUUUUGAUAAAAAAUAAAACCAUGUUCUGCCUUACA